GCAGGCACCAACCAACCAGCAUCCAGUUCACUCACACUGCGCGCACCAAACCGCACUGCGACGCCGGCCGCGAUCAAAGCAAAUCCCAUCGCACACAACUGCCUCCAACUCGGGAAGCGCGUUUGGAGCCCGUCUCGCUGAAGCAGGCGAUGAUCAGAGGAGAGGCCGCGGCCUCCGGGAACCCCAGGAGGAGGAGGCCAUGAAGGCGCAGCCGCUACUGCCGGCGCCGCUCAAGAGGCGGAGGGGCCCGCGCGUCGCGGUGCUGGCGCUCGUCCUCUGCUCCCUGCUCGUCCCCUUCGCCUUCCUCUUCGACCGCGCCCCCACUGGAGGGUACGUGACGACGGAGGAGCAGCACCGACAGGAGGUCGUUCUGCCUUUGGUCGAUCACGUGGUCGUGGAGAGGAAGGGUCGUGGUGGCGCUGUCACUGGAGGUAGACAGGAUGCGCCGGAGAAGAAGAUCACCAGAGGUAGUUCAGGAGUCAUUCAUCAACAUGAACCAGAGAAGAGGAUCUCCGAAGGUAGAGGAGUCGUUGAUCAGCAUAAGCAAAUUGAUGGCCACUCAACAAAUGGUGUUGCUAAACCAAAAGUUCUUCCAGCACCAAAAGUUAACCCAUCAAAGGCUGUGGGGGAAUCAACUCGAGACACCAGAGAGAUCAGAAAAGAUGUACAAGAGCGACAAAAAGGUGCAAAAGCUGAUGAUGUGGAAAGGGCGAAGGCUUGUCAACUUGAAUUUGGGAGUUAUUGUCUCUGGUCCAUAGAGCACAAAGAAGUAAUGAAAGAUUCUAUAGUGAAAAGGCUAAAAGAUCAACUCUUUGUAGCACGCUCAUACUAUCCGAGCAUUGCAAAACUUCAAGGACAGGAAGCUCUCACUCAGGAAAUGAAGCAGAACAUACAAGACCAUGAGAGGGUUCUUAGUGUAUCGACAGUUGAUGCUGAUCUACCAUCCUUUAUCAACAAGAGGAUGGAGCAGAUGGAACGAACAAUAGCGAGAUCCAAAUCUUGCACAGUGGAUUGUAAGAAUGUUGACAGGAAGCUUCGCCAGAUACUUGAUAUGACUGAGGAUGAAGCUCAUUUUCAUAUGAAGCAGAGUGCAUUCCUCUACAAUCUUGGUGCCCAGACAUUGCCGAAAAGUCAUCAUUGCCUUUCUAUGAGGUUGACGUUAGAAUACUUCAAAUCAUCUUCGCUGGAUUCGGAUGAUUCUCCUUCUGGCAAGUUCAAUAGUCCAAAAUAUCGGCACUAUGUUAUACUGUCUAGGAAUGUUCUUGCGGCUUCUGUAGUGAUCAACUCAACUGUGAGCAGUUGUAAGGAGCCAGGCAUCCUUGCUUUUCACAUCCUAACUGAUGCUCAGAACUUCUAUGCCAUGAAACACUGGUUUGCCAGGAAUUCAUAUAAAAGUGCAGCUAUCCAUGUCAUAAACUAUGAAGCAAUUAUUUUGGAGAGGUUGCCAAAGUAUAGUAUCAGACACCUGUAUUUGCCAGAGGAGUUUCGUGUUCUCAUUAGGAGCACUAAGCAGCCUACUGAUAAUACAAGAAUGGAAUACCUAUCGUUGUUCAGCCACUCUCAUUUCCUUAUUCCAGAAAUUUUCAAGUAUCUAAACAAAGUGGUUCUGUUGGAUGACGAUUUAGUCAUUCAACGAGAUUUGUCCUUCUUGUGGAAUAUUGAUAUGGGGGACAAGGUAAACGGUGCCGUCGAAUUUUGUGGUCUGAAACUGGGUCAAAUGAGAAAUGUCUUGGGUAAAACAGCAUACGAUCCCAAGUCAUGUGCAUGGAUUUCAGGGGUGAAUUUGAUUAAUUUGGAUAAAUGGAGGGAACAUAAUGUUACAGAAAACUAUCUGAUGCUCAUGAAGAAGUUCAAAUUCAAGGAUGAGCAAUCUCUGCGAGCAGCAGCAUUUCCUCUAAGCUUGCUAUCCUUCCAACAUCUCAUCUAUCCUCUAGAUGAAAAAUUGACCCUGUCAGGACUUGGAUAUGAUUAUGGAAUUGAUGAAGAGGUUGCUCGGAGAUCAGUAUCAUUGCACUACAAUGGUAACAUGAAACCUUGGCUUGAAUUAGGUAUACCACACUACAAAAAGUACUGGAAGAGGUUUCUUGUUCGAGGAGAUCAAUUUAUGGAUGAGUGCAAUGUAAAUCCAUGACACAGAUGGACAAAAUCAGAACAAUUGGCAAUAGAUUGCUACAUCUAAAGUUUGUGUCGGUGAAGUGUGGAUGCGUGACUUCUCAAAAGCUCUGCACCAGAACAACAAACACAGAUGUUGAACAGGAAAAGUGGUGCGGUCGUUGGCCAACAAUGCUGUAUGGAGUAGAGACAGCACCUUCUGUUCACUGAAAACAAGCUUGAUUGACAAUCUUUGUGUUCCGGGCUAGUCAUAAGUCAGAUGACUGUGCAGCAAGCAAGGAUGGCUUCAAGUAGCCAGUUGACCUCACUGUUGAGAUUUGUAGAUAGGAUUUUUGAUGAGUCGUGGUACCUUUACUGAAAGUGGGGUAUCACGCUCGUCGAUGCUGAUUUGUUCCCUUUGUUCCUUCUGCCAAUAAGGGCACACACAUGUAUUCUGCUAUAGUCAAAUUUUUCGUUCUUAGUUGUCAGGCAUUGAUUAUUUACCAAAAUUACAAUUCUGCAAAGGUUGUUCACCAGACCUACUGACAGUUCUGCUGACAACUUGUAUAUUAUUUGUCCGUGCUUCCUACUGCAAUGCUUCUUGUGCCGUAGGGGCUUCCCUAUCAAGAAAUUCCGCCUAUGCCCACAUUGGUCGAUA